GGGACAUGUGCAGAAGUGGGCACAGGCCCCUCACCCACCCACGCCCGGGCAGCGCGGAACCCUUGGACUUAGACCCAGCGCCCGGAGCAGUGGAGGAGGCUGCGGCUGACUGAGGCCCAGCUCCAAACCCUCAGCGAGGCGAGCCUUAACCUGAAGUCGGCAUCAAACAAAGCUAAGGCCAUGUCUCUGCCCCCGUGUUUGCCGUCGGAGAUCCUCCCACACCGCCCAACCCCAACAUCAUCAGAUGGCACUUCCUCCGCCCCCGACAAUGGAGCGCCAGGCUCCAGGGCGGCUGCGGCGUUUCCACCCAGGGCCGUGCAGCCGGCCGGGCUCCUGAGACACGCCCGACUUGGAAUCCGGUCUCCAUCCCAGCAGCUGUGACUGUGGGUUGUCUGAGUCGCCACAUCUUCAUCUGGCAAUAAAGUCGGCUUUGGAACCCACGUUUGACUUAUUUAAAUGACCACUGAGCUAACCUGUACGUAGGACAAUGCAAAAGUUAAGUACAAGCAACAGAACUCAGCCCCAAGCCUGCGUCUUCCCGGAAACGCCCGCCCCCUGGCCUGCAGCCCCAGCCGCCGGCCCCAGGUCCUCUGGCCCAGGCGACACAGAAGCGGUGUGAUGGCGACUCCCGCCGGCGGGGCCCCCUGGGACGCUGACCUGUGGUCCUCACAUGGCAAGAUGCUGGUGCAGCCCCUGAAGGACAGUGACCUGGAGGUUUACAAUAUCAUCAAGAAGGAGAGCCACCGGCAGCGGGUGGGGCUGGAGCUCAUUGCCUCGGAGAACUUCGCCAGCCGAGCUGUCCUGGAGGCCCUGGGCUCCUGCUUGAAUAACAAGUACUCCGAGGGGUACCCAGGCCAGAGGUACUACGGCGGGACCGAGUUCAUUGACGAGCUGGAGCUCCUCUGCCAGAGGCGAGCGCUGGAGGUCUACGGCCUGGACCCCCAGUGCUGGGGCGUCAACGUCCAGCCCUACUCAGGCUCCCCUGCAAACUUCGCGGUGUACACCGCCCUGGUGGAACCCCACGGCCGCAUCAUGGGCCUGGACCUGCCCGAUGGGGGCCACCUGACCCAUGGGUUCAUGACGGAGAAGAAGAAAAUCUCGGCCACGUCCAUCUUCUUCGAGUCCAUGCCCUACAAGCCCUGUCCUCAGCCAGUGUCAACCCACGGCCAGCAGGGACUGGCCCUCGUCAUCAUAGACAGUUUGGUCAGAAACGCGUGGAGGAUCCGUGGGCUCAUGGAGACGGCUUCCCCCAUAGAGACGACGGCCGUCCUAGCUGGUGGUGCCCUCGUGCACGGGGUGGACCCGGACACGGGCUACAUCGACUACGACCGGCUGGCGGAGAACGCUCGCCUCUUCCACCCGAAGCUGAUCAUCGCAGGGACCAGCUGCUACUCCCGGAACCUGGACUACGCCCGGCUGCGCAGGAUCGCCGACGACAACGGGGCCUACCUCAUGGCCGACAUGGCGCACAUCAGCGGGCUGGUGGCGGCCGGCGUGGUGCCCUCCCCCUUCGAGCACUGCCACGUGGUGUCCACCACCACGCACAAGACGCUGCGGGGCUGCCGAGCCGGCAUGAUCUUCUACCGGAAGGGAGUGCGCAGCGUGGACCCCAAGACGGGCAGAGAGACGCGGUACAACCUGGAGUCACUCAUCAACUCCGCUGUGUUCCCAGGGCUGCAGGGGGGCCCCCACAACCACGCCAUUGCCGGGGUCGCGGUGGCUCUGAAGCAGGCCAUGACCCCGGAGUUCAGAGUCUACCAGUGCCAGGUGGUGGCCAACUGCAGAGCCCUGGCCAGGACCUUGAUGGGGCUGGGCUACAAGGUAGUCACAGGUGGCUCUGACAACCACCUGAUCCUCGUGGACCUCCGAUCCAAAGGCACGGAUGGCGGCAGGGCCGAGAAGGUGCUGGAAGCCUGUAACAUUGCCUGCAACAAGAACACCUGCCCAGGUGACAAGAGCGCCCUGCGGCCCAGUGGACUGCGACUGGGGACCCCGGCACUGACGUCCCGAGGACUCUUGGAAGAAGAUUUCCAAGAAGUCGCCCGCUUUAUUCACAGAGGGAUAGAGCUGACCCUGCAGAUCCAGGACGCCGUGGGUGCGAAGGCCACCCUGAAGGAGUUCACGGAGACGCUGGCGGGGGCCGGGGAGCACCAGCAGGCCGUGGCGGCGCUCAGGGCGGAGGUGGAGAGCUUCGCCGCCCUCUUCCCGCUGCCCGGCCUGCCCGACUUCUAGGCGCGCCCGCCAGCCCUUGGCCCCAGCCCAGCCCGAUGGCUUCCCUGUGCCUCCCAGGGGCGUCUCUCUGGACUUCGCUACGUUGCCUUCCUCACAAGCUAACAUCUGUUAGAAGCUCAGUGUCAGUAAUUCUGGGACAAGCUACUAAGGAGUUUAAGCUUGAACCUCAGUGUCUCACAGCUACACAUAUAGUUAUUCCGCAAAAAUAAACUACGAUUUCACCAUUUA